AUGUGCAAUCACAUCGAUUACAGCAAUCACCGUCCACUUGGAGCCUCUCAGCCUCGAAACGCCUUCACCCAAGGCAACGUGUUUCGCAUAUGUUCGGAAGGUAUUUCAUUCACUGGGUUAGGUGUAUUCAUUGCCUUUUUCAUAAUUAAUGGUGUAUUCAUUGCCUCUAUCAUAUUUAAUGGUCAGGUGUAUUCAUUGCCUCUUUCAUUAGGAAUUUCAAUGAUUUUCAUUCCCCUUUCAUUAAUUAAUGGUCAGGUCAGCUUUCAAUGGGAUUUUUCAUUGAGUAUCUCUCAAUAUUUCAUUCCAAUUUCAUAUCUACCCCCAGGGCUAUCAUUAUGA